AUGUACAAUGAAGCAUUGGUCUUGAUCGAGGAUUUAUGUGUUCUUAAUUCAAAAUUACCACUUAAUCAUUAUGGUAUGCCAUCACCUAAUCGUCCAGCCACCGACUUAGUCAAUACCGAUUUACAACGAGAAAAUCAAUAUGACCAUGGAAGUUUAGCAACAAUUAUCAUGAACAGUGAACCAUUACUGACAGCAGAACAAAAAAUUAUUUAUGAACGGAUUAUGCUGGCUGUUGCUGCUGAACAAGACGGUUUUUUUUUCUUGGAUGCACCCGGUGGAACCGGUAAGACAUUUUUAAUAUCGUUGAUUCUUGCCAAAAUACGGUCGCAACAAAAAAUCGCAUUAGCUGUAGCAUCGUCAGGCAUUGCGGCUACUUUACUGGAUGGUGGGCGAACAGCACAUUCAACAUUCAAGCUGCCAUUGGACGUUCAUAAUAAACCAGAUGCAAUGUGUAACAUCAAAAAGAAUAGUGGAAUAGCUGCAGUGUUGCGGAAGAGUUCUAUAAUAAUUUGGGAUGAGUACACAAAGGCACACAAAUAUUCACUUGAAGCACUAAACAGAACUAUGCAAGAUUUAAACAGCAAUAAUAAACUUUACGGUGGUGCUAUCUUACUUUUGUCUGGUGACUUCCGGCAGACCUUACCGGUUAUACCUCGCUCUACUUUCGCGGAUGAGAUUAAUGCAUGUUUGAAACAAUCAUUCUUAUGGCGAAGUGUCGAAACACUUCGAAUGACUAUAAAUAUGCGAGUACAAUUGCAAAAUGAUCCAUCAGCACAAUUAUUUUCCGAACAACUAUUAGAUAUUGGGAACGGUAAAAUAGAACUGCAACCAAAUACGCAAUACAUUAAACUACCAGACAAUUUUUGCACUGUUGUUCAGGAUAAAAAUGAAAUGAUUCAGAGUAUUUUCCCGGAUAUACAGAAUAAUUAUUUGAAUCAUGAAUGGCUUAGUCAACGGGCGAUUUUGGCACCCAAAAACGUUGACGUUGACGAAAUUAACUUCCAGAAACAACAGUUGUUACCAGGCGAUCUGAUGUCAUUUAAAUCAAUCGAUACUGUUGUUGACGAAAAUGAAAGUGUAAAUUUUCCGAUUGAAUUUUUAAAUUCAUUAGAUAUCCCUGGAAUGCCACCACAUAAUCUUCGAUUAAAGAUUGGUUCCCCUAUUAUUCUCCUCCGUAAUUUGAAGCUAACUCAGUUAUGUAACGGUACGCGUUUAGUCAUCAAAAAGAUUACCGGAAACAUUCUUGAAACAACCAUUUUGUCUGGGAAGUUUAAAGGAAAAGUGGUCCUGCUGCCACGUAUUCCGAUGAUACCAUCAGAUUCUACCAUACCCUUCAAAAGGCUACAGUUUCCAAUUCGUUUAGCUUUCGCCAUGUCUAUAAAUAAAUCUCAAGGUCAAACAAUGUCCAUUUGUGGUUUAGAUUUGGAAAAUCCAUGUUUUUCUCAUGGGCAACUAUAUGUUGCGUGUUCACGUGUUGGGAAACCGUCGAAUCUAUUUGUGUUAGCUAAAGAUAGGUUAACCAAAAGCAUUGUGCACCAAUUGGUGUUAAAUUAA